UGGGGGAACCUCAGUUGAAGUGUGUUACGCCUCCCGCCGCUCAACACCUGCUCUCCGAUGUCUCCAAUGUUGCUUUCUCCGAGUUGAACGAUACUGUCCAGAGUUUGCCUUCGAACGCCGUCAAGGACUUGUUGUCCCAAGAGGUGAAUCUGUAGUCGAGUUCUAUUCUCGAUAUUUCAUUUUGUUUCAUUGUUGUGUUUGUGGAGGAAUUUUAAGUUGAUCCAGGAUGUCAGGCAGAGAACGGUGGUUCCCAGCUUUCUAUAGUUUUCAAGGAAUAAUGAGGGAGUUUGUGAUGGUACUCGUUUGUUGCUAAUAAAUCUCCUAUCAUUAUGUAUGUUUGUAUGGCAGUCAAAUUGAAUCACAGUGUUUUGUUAAUGUCAUGUGGUUUUGCUCUCCUUCUGGAGCCUGGGUUAUAGAUUGCAUUUAUCGAUGAGAAGCUGACCUUAUCGAUCCAGAUGAUGACUGAUAUUGAUGAUUUGGAAAGAAUGCCACGUCUGUUGAUGAUAGACGAGAUUGAACUAAUCAUAUUAUGUAUUUUACGGGUCAUAUCAAAUUAUGCUUUAGGAUGGAAUUGCUCAUGGCAUCAUGAAGCUUGAUCCAGGGAUCCUGCAGUUCAGAUUUUCCAGUGACACAAGGACUCUAUUGAAAAAGGAUACACCAGAUGCUAUGGCUGUCUUAAUUGCCGACAUGGUUAGGGAAGAUGGCCAUCAGAUUGAUAGCUUUUCCCUUGAAGUUUCAAUACCACCUGUCAUCCGUGAAAAUGAGAGUGCAAUCCAGUCAUACAUAAGAACGAAAUAUGGAGCUGAGCGUUGGUUCCAAGAAAAGUUACAUUUUGGAUGUGUGUCUACAAAGGAUGCCUUAAAGUUUUCUAUAGUUUAUCCUCUUGAAAAUCUUCUUGACUGUAAAUCAAAGAUGAACUCUUUCCGUAUCCGUUUGACAUAUGAUCAUACUAACUCAUCAAAAGAGGCUAGAAAGUGUUCAGAUGGUGAUAAGAGUUGCAAGAGAAUAAAAACAGGUGUGGACAACAGAGUGGGUGUUGCCUAUGAUUCCAUGGUUUCUCACCAUGAAUGCUUAGAUUCUUUCAAGGCUGAAUCCAAUUUAGUUGGAGAAAAUCCUUUCAACGGUUUGCUAGAAAAUAAGUCCUCUGAGUCUCAUGGAAUGUUGCUAGAAAAGGUAAUUGAACCUUGCCAUUUUACAGUCUAUUGCUACAGGGCACCCAUCUAUGUUGGUGGAAGAUACCUGAAGUAUUCACGGAAUGUGAGUCAAACACGCUGGAUAAUUGAUGAUGAAAGAAUGGGGGAAGCAUCUGUCGAGGAAAUAAUUGGGGGAAACAUCCUUCAGAAGUGCCAUGGUGAUAGCUACAAGUUUCAUGCUGCUGGCAGAGAGGAUAUUGAUGUCCGAAUGUUGGGUCCAGGCAGGCCAUUUCUUGUUGAGGUGCAAAAUGCGCGACGUAUCCCAUCUGAUCUGUUUGUAAACGAUAUAGAGAAAUUGAUAAAUAACGUGGAAAAUAAAUUGGUUAGUGUGAAAAAUCUGAAGUUGGUUGGUAACAAUGGCUGGAAUCUUAUACAUGAAGGAGAGGCAGAGAAACAGAAGCAAUAUGCUGCUUUAGUGUGGAUUUCUCGUCCUCUGAAUGAUGAAGAUUUGCAAUCUAUGUCCUCAUUCAAGGAUUUGAAAAUAUUGCAGAGGACACCGAUAAGAGUGUUACAUCGUCGCAGUCCUUUAGAGCGUGAAAAGAUUAUUCACUGGAUGAAAAUAGAAAUGGUUGCUGGAAGUUCCCAGUAUUUUCUUUUGCAUUUGUGCACACAGGCUGGGACCUACAUCAAGGAAUUUGUGCAUGGAGAUCUUGGACGCACCCAUCCUAGGUAUGACCUUAUCCAUGUCUGUUCUCUCGAGUUAUUUAUGAAGACUUGGACAAAAGAUCACGUGCAGGCUGUGUUUUAUACGCUUUGUUUUGCAGUAUCGUUCAAUUUUGGGCUGUAGAGCUGAAAUUUUACGGCUUGAUGUCACAAAUGUCAAAAUGGACUCUUUCCUUCCAUAGGAAGGUUAUUUUGACAGUCCUGUACACUAUACUUGCCUUGCGGAUCAAUUGAGGAAAUUCGCGCAUUCCUAAUUCGAACGGCAUUCAAGCAACAUACAUCCGCAAACUGUAACCUUUGAUUGGUUCCAUCCAACAAACCAGGGUUCCGAUUGAUGAGAAUGAAAUGUUUAUUGGUUAUUAUAUCAUUGUAUUUAAUAUUUAAUGUUUAUUUUUUCUUGACAAAUUUCACAGUAAAACGUUUGAUGAGAUUGACUAUUGUAUUUUGAUCGGUUA